AUGGCACAGAUUAGGCCUCGUGAGAGCUGGCCAGGACCCUCGCCACCCGCCAUCAUUCGUAGCCCGGCCAAUCAACCUUCUUACGACGACGAGGAAGAGGAGGAGGAAGACGCGAUUCAAGAGGAAAAUCACGUGCCAUUACCAGAGGAAAAUGUUGAGGUAGAAAGUAACAUCGACGAGGUAGUAGAGGAGGUUGUUGAAGAGGAAGUAGGUGGUGAGUGUGAGCUUCAGGACGAAGCAGUGUACGGAUAUCAAGGUACAGGGUCCAACGGUCUAGAUGAGUCAAGCUCUGUGUGUCCUGAUACGUGUGCUCGGGUGGACGACUGUGUGACUGAACAGCCACAUCACCCCAACAAUACUGUAAUUCUUUCUUACCAUACCCAGACACCAGAGUCUGCUGCUGAAACAGCUCAGGCUGUGGAGAGUAUCAGUCAUAUCGAGGCUGUAGGGACACCGGAAGUAUCUAGAUCACCUCCACCUUUACAAACAGUACAGAUAGUGAAGUAUCCCCAAAACGGAAGUUUACGUCGCGUUGGGGAGGACGACGAUCUAGGACAUACACACUUAACAAAUCUAUCAUCAACAGGGCAUGUAUCUUUUACUGGGUUACAUUUGACUAACGCACCAGUGGGUCUAGUCAAUAUAUCCGGUUCGUCGACCCUGCAUUCACCUUUCGACAACACAAAUAACGUCCUGCUCCCUCAGGAGGACGUUGAGGAAUUCUUUGACAAUAUGGAGCGACCAAUGGCUACUUCCGUCUCUCUGUCCAAUUCGCAAUAUACAACUGGUGAGAAUGGACAUUUGACCACGUUAACGAAUGCAUCUAUGUCGCCACAGACAAUUUAUCCGGGGCUGUUAGGCUCGUCUGGAGGCGUGGUAACACUUCCCCAUCCUUCGGCCUAUUCUGAAAUCCACCAUCCCUCCUAUCAUUCACCCCUUUCUUCAUUGUACUUGCCCCACGGACGAUCGCAUGAAUACGCACUUUCAUCGUCAGCAUCGCCCCCUUCGUCAUCGACGCCGUCGUCUCAGUGGCAAAUUCCUUCGCAGGAGGCAACAUAUACUAACAUCGGACUUUCAUCGCCUGUAAAGUACUCCUACCCACUAUCUAACGAGAAUGUGUCCCCAUCCCACUCCAUUCGUAACGAAGGUUCUCCGGGGCUCCAGUACCCCCGGGGACAGCCCCCCAAUGAGACUUCGUAUGGAAGCUAUCUGAGUCACGAACUCGCAGGACAAACGGGCUUACCACCUUUCAACAUGGUAGACGAAAACAGAAAUCAAGACGACCCGAACUAUUUUGAUGGGGAAGGGCGGGAAUGUGUCAACUGCGGAGCGAUAUCUACGCCAUUAUGGCGCAAGGACGGGACGGGUCAUUAUUUGUGCAAUGCAUGUGGACUAUAUCAUAAAAUGAAUGGAUUAACACGACAUCAAAAUAAUAAAUCGUCCCCCAGACAGGACUCACCCGAGGACGAAAAACCUAAGAAGUUUGAAAGUAAAUACGAUAAGGCGAAUAACAACAACCGGAACAGGAUGGGGUUGUCGUGUGUAAAUUGUGGGACAACGACUACCACCCUCUGGCGGCGGAACGGAGAAGGAGAACCCGUAUGCAACGCGUGUGGCCUUUACUACAAAUUGCACCAGGUAAAUCGGCCGAUGUCGAUGAAGAAAGACGGUAUACAGACACGGAAACGUAAGCCGAAGACUUCCUCUAAAAAAUCGCCAUCUAAGGAGGUAUCACUCCACGUGGAGCACCAACAGCUUCAGCAGCAACAGCAGCAGCAACAACAACAACAACAACACUAUCCACUCCAUCAUCACCAGCCCCACGUGUCUGCGCCAUCUACCGGGCUAUUAGACCUCUCUUCAACAAAGGCAGACAACUCAACAGUGACGGAGAUGAAACCUUUGAUGACGCCUUACCAGAAUCUGUACCAGACCCACGGGUCGGUGUUAGCAGCCUUAAGUACUCCCCCUCCAGCGCUUCUGCAGGUCGGCAGCCCGCCCCCUGGUGUACUUCCUUCAAUUCAUCAUCUAAGUCCAGAAUACAGUAUCGAACGCGCCUUGGCAAUGAACCACAACCUCGUUCUGAAGCAAGAACCGAAUAUAUUCGAACCUUCACCACCGAAAGCUAUCCCUGUUUCUAUUGGAAUGGACUCAGAAACAAACUUGCGAGCCUCGCCUGACGGAGCGCAACCUGGGGGUGACAUAGUUCAACUCAAGGCAGCCAUCGUGACACAAAAUUAA